AUGGAAAGAAAUACAGUGAAACAACACGUUUCGUCGUUUGACUUAGAGCCAAAUCCAUUUGAACAGAGUUUUGCUUCGACGAAGAAGGAUGCAAGCGGUCAUAAUAAGUCUCUGUUGCAACAGGUGCGUCAUCAAACAGAACAGCCAUUACUUGGAAUCAUUAAUAAUGGUACUGCUGGGCAACAUCCUCCACAUCAUCAGAAGUCACCUUUAAGAUAUCAUUUACAGCAGCCGAAGCCUCCCGUAAUUCAUUCACCUCCCAUACUGACUCCUGGAGGUGGUCAUCGAUUACCUGCAAUGCUUCUGUCGCCUCAAAUCUUACAGGCCCAUAAUGCCCAGACAGAGUCUUUGCCUCAUCCAACAGGAAGUCAUUCGCAAAUGCCUGCAUUAAGUCCUCUCAUACCUGGAGCACCCUCAAAUGGGCAGACUACUCCCAGUUUUUUGAUGGGUCUAACUAAAACUGGUUUGACACCAAAUGAGUCAAGCAUGCGAACUGGUUUAACUCCGGGUAUGCUUAACCCAAAUCAGCCAACUUCGCUCCCCAUUCCUUCAAAUGGCCAGUUUACACCAGGAUUAUCGUCUAUGCUAUCGUCGAUGCCAAUGGGUGCUGGCGGCAGCAGGACUCCUGGGACAGGUGUAUCUUCACAUCCACAUUCUCUGUCUACUGUGUUAGAAGUUCCAACAUCACAUCCGACUUCGUUAUCGAAUCUUCCUGUUGGUGCAGCAACUAAUAGAGCACCAGGCAAUAUGUCUCUAGAGAUCCCUCCAGAGAAGGUAAAAAACCUGAGCGUUAAGGAGAGAAAGAGGUCUAUGUCUACUGACGACGCCCUAGAGGCAUCAUGUAACAACGCUAGCAGCAGCAGCAGCAGCAGCGUCAAUAAUAGCAGCAAGAAGAAGGUUAAGAAAUCACAGAGUGCUCCAAUUGGGGAUGAAGAAGAAGAGGAACGGGAGCGCAAACGGAAAGAGUUUUUGGAAAGAAACAGAUUGGCGGCAUCCAAAUUUAGGAAACGUAAGAAGGAAUACAUCAAAAAGAUUGAGACUGAUUUACAAUUUUACGAAACUGAAUACAGCGAUUUGACUUCCUUUGUCGACAGAUUAUCUGGUUUAAAUGGAAAUUCAAAGAGUACUGACCUACAGAAUUCAGAUUUAUCUUUGUUAAAAUUGUUGAAGCAGUCUUUAAUGAGACCGGAUCUUGCGAAGGCAAUGUCCAUAGUAAAUCAGAUAGAACAGCUGAUGGUGUCCACAAAAUACAUACAGAGAAAUGGCAUAAAUCCCAGGUUGGAAGAUGGUCAAAAACAACAUUCACGGAUUGAUGUUAUGAGUAUGAAUGCAACUAUUGGAACCAACUCAGGAGUGAACGAAUUGAGUGCCUCAUCAACUUUGAGGCCGCAAUCUUAUAAGAGUGGUUCAUCUAGCUCGAGCAACACGACUUAUGCUUCAAUCAACAGACAUGAUGGCAUGUAA